AGUUAACGUUAGCUAGCUAAGCUAGCCAAAUCAGCCCUCAAGUUCGUGGCAUGUGCAACUUUGCAAAAUAAGACCUCGGGUGCUGUUGAGUUAGUUUCAUACAUUUUGACUCUUCUCGACAAUGUUUUCGUCUACGUGGAAUUUUCUGAAACGCCACAAAAGAAAAUUCGUUUUCGCUGGGGCUUUUGUCGGAGGUGUGUACUUUCUUGGUAAAUACGCCCAAAAGAAAAUCCGAGAGAUGCAGGAGCAUGAGGCGUCUGUAUACAUCAAUCAAGCUCGACGUCAGUUCCACUUCGAGAGUAACCAGAGAACGUGUAACAUGACAGUGUUGUCAAUGCUACCUACAUUAAGAGAAGCCAUUAUACAUCAUCUAAAUUCGGAGAACCUCACUACACUGCUGAAGACUAAACCAGCAAAUAGGCUUGAAAUAUGGGAGGACCUGAAGAUUAUCAGUUUCACCCGAACAAUUGUGGCUGUGUACAGUACCUGUAUGUUGGUUCUUUUACUCCGUGUCCAGCUUAAUAUCAUUGGUGGCUAUUUAUAUUUGGACAACUCUGUCACAAAAAAUGGGAUGCUGCCCUUGGCCCCUCCGGAUGUGCAACAACAGUACCUGUCCAGCAUGCAGCACCUCCUUGGGGAUGGUCUGAGUGAGAUGAUAACAGCGGUGAAGAAAGCUGUGCAGAACACAUUGGGGAGGCUGUCCCUGAAGCAGAGUCUCUCUCUGCAGGACCUGGAGCAGCACCUGAACCAGAUCAGAGCCCAGGUGGAGAAGGGGGUUGGGGGUUCCGUGCACAGACCUCUCUCCUGGUACAUGAUGGCCGAUGAAGAAAACACUCUGGCUGCACAGGCCUGUGGUCUGACAGCGAAUGAUGUCACUACAAUAAAGCUACUGAAUGAGACCAGAGACAUGCUUGAAAGCCCAGAUUUUGGCACUGUACUCAACACCUGCUUUAACAGUGGUUUCAACCGUUUCCUUGACAACAUGGCAGAGUUUUUUCGGCCCCCACCUGGAGCACAAGGAGACUCCGCCCCUGGCACUACACCUGAUAGUCUCUCGCAUGUAAGUCUCCCAGUUGCCAAAAUCAUCCCCAUUGUGAAUGGCCAGAUACACUCAAUCUGCAGUGAAAUACCAAGCCACUUUGUACAGGAUCUCCUGAUGAUAGACCAAGUUAAAGAGUUUGCCGCCAAUGUGUACGAGACAUUCAGCAGCCCCCAUGAACUGCAGAAAUGAAUGAGUGGACAUAUUCCUGGUGUAUAGGGCACCCUAGUCCCCCUGAAUUCAGCGUGAUAUGGACAUCUCGGAAGAAGGAAGAAAUGUACCCAUUCUCCGCACCAAGACAGAAUAUUCUGGUUGUUCAAUAAUUGAAUGUAGAACCGUCAACUGUUGCCUAUCUGUUGACCUCAAAGUCAAAGGCCGACAUCUUGGGAAGGAAAAAAGCCUAAUGAAGUCAGCCAGCCAAUCCUCAAUGAAACAAGUCAAUCAGAAUAUCCAAAAAAAACAGCCUUGUCCCACUUUACGUAGAGAUUGUUGUUUCAGUGCGUUAAGCAGAAGUUAAACCAACAGUCCUUUUGAGUGUAAACCAAUGUCUUCUGUUUUCUUUUUAUCUUUCCAUACCUUUCAUUUUGACCUUUCAUCUACAAAUAUCAGCAGUGCUGUGUCAUAUAGGCUGUAGUUCCACAUGCAGCUUCUGAGUUCCUGUUUAGUCAUUUUCAGUGGAGGUUAAUACUUAACUCUGCACUAUUGACUUGUGUUAGCUGCUUUCUCUUCCAUCGAAAGGUUUGUUGUUUUCUUAAAUUUGUAUGCUGAAUUAUUUUUGUUGGGGAUCAAGUCUUCCAAGAGAUUGAUCUUAAUUGUUUGGGUGCUAGGAGGAGAGCAUGUAGGCUUAUGUAUUAUAUUUUGUAACAUAAUGUUCUGAAUAAUUACUGUAGCAUUAAUAUUGAAAAUUAAGAAUAAAAUAACAUUUAUUUAUUCAGUA